UGUAGCUUCUUAUCUACAGUUUAUCUUCAUUCACCAGACCUGCAUUUCCUCUACUACUCAUACUACAGCAACUGCAGCUUUUGGACCUCCAUCAUCUCUUCUACCUGCUUCACUGUAGGAGGAAGGACAAGAAACCUGAAGUCAAUUCUGCCAGCAUGGAGUUUUCUCUGGCUCACCCUGUAAUUAAAGCCUUCAUGUGUGGUUCUCUGAGUGGAACCUGCUCUACUCUGCUCUUCCAGCCGCUGGAUCUGGUGAAGACUCGUCUACAGACUGUACAGAACAGUGCACAGCCCUGUUCAGGAAGGGUUGGCAUGGUGACCAUCUUUCUCACAGUCGUGAAAACCGAGAAGCUGUUAGGACUUUGGAAAGGCGUCUCACCAUCAUUUGUACGGUGUAUCCCCGGUGUGGGAAUCUACUUCAGCACGUACUACAGUGUGAAGCAGCGGUUCUUCAGUGACCGAACUCCUCAUCCCGUGGAGGCCAUACUGCUGGGUGCUGGAGCCCGGUGUGUAGCGGGGGUCUGCAUGCUGCCCAUCACAGUCAUCAAAACUCGCUUCGAGAGUGGCCAUUAUAACUACAGCAGUGUAGUCGGAGCUCUUCGCAGUGUGUGUCAGACAGAGGGUCCGAGAGCUCUGUUCUCCGGUCUCGCAGCCACUCUGCUCCGAGACGCUCCCUUCUCCGGCAUCUACGUCAUGUUCUACAGCCAGGCCAAGAACAUGCUACCUCAAGAGAUAAGCGAGUCGGCGUACGCUCCACUGGCUAACUUCAGCUGCGGCGUCGGAGCCGGCGUCUCGGCGUCUCUGCUCACGCAGCCUGCAGACAUGGUGAAGACGCUCAUGCAGGUGAAUCCUCAUCGCUUCAGGAGGAGCGCGGACGCUCUCACUUACAUCUACACGGAACAAGGCCUGGCCGGGUUUUUCCGCGGCGCCGUGCCUCGCUGUCUCCGCAGGACGAUGAUGGCGGCGAUGGCGUGGACCGUGUACGAGCAGCUCAUGACUCGAAUGGGCCUCAAGACCUGAAAGAGAAGAUCUGAGCAAACCAGAUCAAUGACAUGUCAGUUAAAGCAGAGGGUGAAACGGAAAAGAGAAAGACGGAGACGUGCUCGAAAUAUGAAAGAAUGACAGGUGGUGAACGGAGAGAUUUUUACUCGGGUCGAUAUGAGAGCAGUGUGCGGGGGAGAAGUCGGAGCCCCCCGAUAGACGAAUCGUUUGUGAUUUUUAUUUAAAAAAAGGGGCAGCAUGAAGAUCACAGUAACCCAUAAACCUUCUGUGGGAGAGCUACGCUCAUGCUCAUUUAGUUUUUUCCCCAAAAAACAUGCGUGUAAACGAAGGACUCCGUGUCCAUGAGAGCGUGACUUCACCUUCUGUACAAACCGAAUGAGAUUUCAGCAGCAAUCAGGGAAAACUUCAGUCUCCUUCUAGAAAUGUUUAACAACUAACUGAAACGUCCACCAUUUGAGUCACGUGGUUACGAAUUCCACACGUUAUGGCCAAUAGUGUGUGGGUUUUUUUGUUUUCGAGAAUUUGCCUGUUAUAAAUGGUUCAGAUGUUGAAGAAACCAAACCAGAUCAUAGGAGAUCAUACCAGAUCAUCCACUAAAAUGAACUGUGUGUCUCCUGUUCUCAUUUGCAGGACUGCAGAUUGCAAACUGUGUAUAAAUGUUUAUAUGUAACUUUUUUUGUUUUUUUUGCACGAUAUCACAAAUAUAGAGAUCUAUAAAUGUGUAUAUGUUCAUUUAUACGUGUUGCAAACUUAAAUCAAAUAAAGCACAUUCUCACAUCA